AUGGCAACAAGCAAAAAUCAACUUGUUUUAACCAUGAGCGAUUAUUAUGAUUGCCCAUUGCAUGGAGUGGCCAAUCUCUUCGAUCAGCCACACAUUUACGAGAAACAUGGAACAAUCGAUAACGAUUUUGAACCCUUUUAUUAUUUGAAACCAAUUUAUGAUACAAAUUUUCUCAAAUUACUAUUGGAAGAUUGGGAUAUAUGGGUGAGAUAUUAUGAUACAAUGAUUCGGAAUGAACUUGGACCCAAAGAUUUGCAUCCCUGUUUAGCCAUUGAUCAGGAAAGAAGUAAACAAGUGGAAGAAUUAUUAAAGAAAUAUUCGUAUAAUAUUUCUACUGAGGAAGUUGAUCAAGUGAUUAAGGCAUAUGGAGAAUUUACACCGAAAACAAAGGUGAGAGGAGUUGCAAAGCCGGAUACGGUUAAUUGGAGUAAUAUUGAGUAUGGAGCUAAUUAUUCAGUAUUAAAUUUUCUUUCGGAUACGAGAGGAGUGAUAAAAAGGGAUAAAUUGACUGAUGUGACAUUUGAAUUCAAGUAUUCUGAAGAUGAAUAA